AAGAAAAAUGGCGACUGUAGGCGACCCGGAGCGGGACGCCGGCCAUUCUGUUUGAGCUUUCUCUCGCUAACUGAGUCCGGGGCUUAGUGGGACUACUUCUCAGCUAUCUACGGAGGUUCAACUAUCAGGCGGUACCCGUUUUCCCGGGUUUACGUGGGCGAGUUGCGCGCGAAAACUGAAAUUGAAAAUAAUACAUUUGUAUCUAUAUAAUGAGGGGGAGAAGAGGCAGGCCGCCUAAACAGGCGCUGAUGCAGGAGCCUUCCCCCGGGCCAGUCCGCGGUUUGAGACCCAGGCGGGGAUUGCGUGGAAAGGGUAGAGGUACGGCCGAUGUCGAAAUUGUGACUCCCAGGAGGGGAAAUUACCACUCCUCGAGAGGCAGGAGGAAAGUGGGAUCAACCACGACAUCAAGGGGUAGAGGAAGAGGCAGGGUUGCAGGCAGUGGCGGAGGAAGAGGGAGACGGGCGGCAAGCAAGGUGGUCUACGAUGACCAUGAGAGCGAUGAAGACGAGGAUGCCGUGAGCUUGCGAUCCGAGGAGGACGAAUUUUUACACGAAGAACCGAUAUCGGAUGAGGAGGAAGAGGCCGUGGACGAUGAGUCUGAUUACCUGGAGGAAAUACCCGAUGAUGAUGAUGCCAGCUACUGCACUGAAAGCAGUUUUCGGAGCCAUAGUACGUACGGCAGCACUCCAGGGCCCAGGAGACCACGGGUGCACCGCCCACGCUCCCCCAUCUUCGAGGAGAAAGAGAUCCCUCUGCUGGAGCUGCCCAAGUCGUCCGAGGACCUGAUGGUGCCCAACGAGCAGCUGCUGAACGUGGCGGCCAUCUACGAGGUGCUGCGCAACUUCGGCACGGUGCUGCGGCUCUCGCCCUUCCGCUUCGAGGACUUCUGCGCGGCGCUGGUGGGGCAGGAGCAGUGCACGCUGAUGGCCGAGACCCACAUCUCCCUGCUGAAGGCCAUCCUGCGGGAGGAGGACACCUCCAACACCACCUUCGGCCCCGCCGACCUGAAGGACAGCGUCAACUCCACGCUCUACUUCAUCGACGGCAUGACCUGGCCGGAGGUGGUGCGCGUGUACUGCGAGAGUGACCCGGAGUACCAGCACGUCCUGCCCUACCAGGAGGUGGAGGACUACCCCUUCGGCCCGCUGGAGAGCAAGAUCAAGGUACUGCAGUUCCUGGUGGACCAGUUCCUCACCACCAACAUCGCCCGCGAGGAGCUGAUGUCGGAGGGCGUGGUGCAGUACGACGACCACUGCCGCGUCUGCCACAAGCUGGGCGACCUGCUCUGCUGCGAGACCUGCUCGGCCGUCUACCACCUGGAGUGCGUGAAGCCGCCGCUGGAGGAGGUGCCCGAGGACGAGUGGCAGUGUGAGAUCUGCGUGGCGCACAAGGUCCCCGGGGUGACGGACUCUGUGGCCGAGAGCCAGAAGAGCCGGCCCUACAUCCGGCAGGAGCCCAUCGGCUUCGACCGCCACCGGCGAAAGUACUGGUUCCUCAACAGGAGGAUCGUGAUCGAGGAAGACGGGGAACACGAGAACAAGAAGAUCUGGUACUACAGCACCAAGGUCCAGUUAGCUGAACUGAUUGACUGUCUGGACAAGGACUACUGGGAGAGUGACCUGUUCUCCACCCUGGAGGAGAUGAGGGAAGAGGUGCACACCCACAUGGACAUUACCGAAGAUCUCACCAACAAGGCCAGGGGCAGUAACAAGUGUUACCUGACGGCAGCGAAUGAGGAGAUCCUGGAUCGACUGAAGGCCAAGCAGGAGGCGGAGCUAGAGGAGGUGAAGCGCCGGGCAGCGGAGGAGGCCGAGAAGACGAGGCGGGAGUGCGGGCUCGACGUCCAGCCCGAAGCAGGCAAGAGCGAAGAGGAGGCCCCAGCAGACAAAGCACCAGGACAGGAUGAGGAGCAGAGGAGCGCUGAGGGCCCGGGAGCUGCAGCAGCAGAAGCGACCCCUGCUGGAGAGGAAAACGGUAGCUCAGUGGGGCUGAAGCCUGACUCUCCCGCCCCAGACAGUGGCCUCUCCACAUCUGAGCACCCUAGCCCCGUUGGAGGGGGCCAGACCGCCCCCUCUGCGUACGGCGAGCCCGGCGAGGAGGGGCCGGCCGGCGGCGAGGCCGUGCAGGAGUCUCCAGACAAGUCCUCGGAAUCGGGGUCCCGCAGUGAAGAGGGCGUUAGCUCCCUGAGCCAGCCCCCGCAAACUGGGGACGAGAACAGCAACAGCAGCCACAUGUCCGCCUCCGAGGCUCCGAAGGGCCCCGAAGAGCCCGACAUUGCAGACAAGUCCUCCCAGUCCUCCGUCACCAGCCAGGAUGAAACAGGUGAGGGCAAGGAGAAGUCCAACGGCGAGGGAGCGGGCGCGGGGGCGGGCCGGGGCACCCUGGCCUCCACCCGCAUGGUGACGCGCCUGCGCAACCCCGACAGCAAGCUGAGCCAGAUGAAGAACCAGCAGGUGGCGGCGGCCGCCCACGAGGCCAACAAGGCCUUCAAGGAGGGCAAGGAGGUCCUCGCUAUAAGCACCCAAGGAGAGGUGUCUCGACUGAGCACCAAGAAGGAGAUAGUGAUGAAGGGAAACCUCAGCAAUUACUUCAAGCUGGGCCAGGAGGGGAAGUACCGGGUCUACCACAACCAGUACAGCACCAACACCCUGGCCCUCAACAAGCACCAGCACCGCGAGGACCACGACAAGCGUCGCCACCUCUCCCACAAGUUCUGCAUGACCCCGGCCGGCGACUUCAAGUGGAACGGCUCCGUCCAUGGCUCCAAGGUGCUGACCAUCUCCACCCUGAGGCUCACCAUCGUCCAGCUGGAGAACAACAUCCCCGCGCCCUUCCUGCACCCCAACUGGGCCUCGCACAGGUCAAACUGGAUCAAAGCUGUGCAGAUGUGCAGUAAGGCGCGGGAGUUUGCCCUGGCUUUGGCCAUCCUGGAGUGUGCCAUAAAGCCAGUGGCCCUGCUGCCCGUCUGGAAGGAUUCGCUCGGACACACCAGGUUACAUCGAAUGACCUCCAUUGAACGGGAGGAGAAAGAAAAGGUGAAGAAGAGGGAGCGAAAGCUAGAGGAGGAGGAGACCAUGCAGCAGGCCACAUGGGUCAAAUACACCAUUCCCAUCAAACACCAGGUGUGGAAGCAGAAAGGAGAGGAGUACAGAGUGACUGGGUAUGGUGGCUGGAGCUGGAUCAGCAAGACCCACGUGCAUCGCUUUGUCCCCAGACUACCAGGAAACACCAACGUCAACUACCGGAAAGAGCUGGAGGCUGCCAAAAGUGGCAAGAAGAUCGCAGUUGGUGAUGCAGACAAAAGAAGGGGCCUUCAAAAAUUAAGUACAGACUUGGAAACCCAAGCGAAAGAGGGUACUGCAGAGGACUUGUCUAAAAGUAAACCAGAGAAAGACAAGGACCUCCACAGCGAGGCAUUAGGCGAGGAGAAGAUGGAGAACAGGGUAGAGGAGAAGAUGGCAGAGAUGAUGAAGGACAAGCCAGAUGAGCAGGCUGAGAAGAGUAUGGAGGAAGAGGCUGAAAAGAUGGACGUUGAUUCCAGCCCAUCAGACUCAGGAGAGCAUAAAGAAAAAGGGAAGAACGAGAGCAUCAGCCCCGCGCCCUCGGACGACAUGGACGUGAAGGAGGAACCCAAGGAUGGCGAGGAGGGCAAGGCCGAGACGCAGCCCAAGUCCCCGCAGAGGCCCUUCAACUACGACGUGGUGAACGUUAGCGAGGGCUUCCAGCUGCGCACCGCCUACAAGAAGAAGGUGAAGGCCUCCAAGCUGGACGGGCUGCUGGAACGCAGGGUCAAGCAGUUCACCCUGGAGGAGAAGCAGAGGCUGGAGCGCCUGAAGCAGUCCUCCCUCGCCAAGCCGGCCGCCAAGGGAGCCGCCGUACCCCAGCCGGCGCUGAAGGUGAAAGUUGAGGGCAAGCCCUUGGCGGCGCUCCCUGCCAGCCCCGCGGUGAACAAAGGGCAAGGGAAGCCUGACCUUCCGAAGACGGAAGGAGGUGCCGGCACCCCCUCCAGUUCUGCUGGCUCAGAAACUGCGGCGUCCACCGUAGCCCCCAGGCCGGAAAAUCAAAUGCGCGGUCAGAGUGAGGGAAAGAAAGGCCCUGACCCGGUGUCCAAGCAGGAGGGGAACAAGCACUUGGCAGCUGGCGUCGUGGCGCACGGCCCCGAUGUUGAGCAGAAGCAGCAGUCCACCAAGGUUCAGAGUUCGGCGGAGACCGAAAAAGGACAUGAAAGGUUGGACUCAACUUGUAAGGGUAACGGUUCUGAACCUGCCUCAGAGGCCUUAAGGACUGCAGGCACUGAGUCUGAGGCGUCUGCCAGGGAAAAGCAGCCUGUUGCUGAUCCAUCCAGCACCACCCCCGCCCCUGCCAGCCAGGACGACCGUGGGAAUCUGGUCACAUCAUCAGCGCCAUCCGAGCCUCCAUCCGGCAAUAAUUCUGAACUUAAAGCGGCGUCCCAGAAAAGCCAAGCACUUGAGAAGGAGGAGUCUGUCAAGCUGUGUCAGCAGUCAGAAUUUCUCAAGCCUGAAGCUGUGGAGAAGGUGUGCGCCCCUGACAAAAGUCCGGAGCUGAGGGUGACUGAGGAAAAUGGUAAGAAGCACGGCUAUGAGGACAAAGAGCUGGUGGACAGAGAGAACUCCAGUACAGACAAAAGCCAGGAUGGAAAGACAGCUGAAGCAGAAAAAUCACUGCCCUCCCCGACAGUUCAGGUCAAUGGGAAAGAUGGCGCAGACGGCACGCCUCUCCGGGACGCUAAAACUCCCGCUAAAGAAUCUUCCAACUCGGAUCUGCCGAACAACGUGGAGGCGAAGGUGAACAACCUCACCAAGGGGAGCCCAGAAGGCGACCUCAAAGUUCUGCCUUUGAAGGAUGCGCUCAAACCCCUGAUGAAUGGUGACCUCGCUGUGGACGGGUCGAAGGAGAAACCGAACAGCACGGCGCCUCCCGCCCAGCAGUCCAGCCCACCCUCAGCUGCUGAAGGAGAGAAGAAGGUGACUGAUCCUGACUACCUGCCCCCCCAGAAGAUACCUCGCCUGGAGAACGACGUCAGCGGGAUUGUGGAUUCCACCGUGACCUCUCUGCCCGCUGUCCUGAGCUCUACCACCCCAGCCGGAAUCCGAAGGCCAGAGGAGAGCAACAACAGCACUGAGGCGGAGCCCAUGGAGGCCGAGGCUGCGCCCCUCAAGAAAAUCGUCCCGUCCCCCGUCCCGUCUGCGGAAGAAUCCAGCCUCAGCAACGACUUCACAGAGGACAGCAACAGCGGGGCCUGCUCGGAGGCCAAGGCGGAGCCGCAGAAAGGCGAGCCCCUCACGACCAUCAUCACCCAGGUCACCACCACCACCACCACCGUGUCCACCGAGUCCAAGACCGUGCAGAUAGCCGAGGUCUCCAGCACGCACAGCGGCGCGUCCAAGGUGGUGGCCACCGCGGAGAACAGCGCCGUCUCCACCCUCACCACCAUGACCAAAACCACGGUGACCAAAGUCAGCUCCCCGACGCGGGACAGUGGGCCGGACGUGGUGUCCGUGUCGGAGGAGAGCAAGACCACGGUGACCACCAUGCUGACGGAUUCGGCCUCCAGCGCCGCCGGCUCCUCCAUCACGUCCAUGACUGUCAGCAAGGAGUACACCACCAGGGAUAGGGUCAAGCUGCUCAAGUUCUCCCGCACCAAGAAAACGCGGUCCGGCACGGCACUCCCCUCCUACCGCAAGUUCGUCACCAAGAGCAGCAAGAAGAGCAUCUUUGUCCUGCCCAACGAUGACCUGAGGAAGCUGGCGAGACGGGGAGGCAUUCGGGAGGUGCCCGUCUUCAGCUACAGUGCCAAGCCGGCCUUGGAUAUCUGGCCCUAUCCUUCCCCGAGACCCACAUUUGGCAUCACAUGGAGGUACCGGCUCCAGACGGUGAAGUCUCUGGCGGGGGUGAGCCUGAUGUUGCGGCUGCUGUGGGCCUGCCUCAGGUGGGAUGACAUGGCGGUGAAGCCUUCCUCCACCGGGGGCACCACACGCACAGAAACUUCAGACACUGAAAUUACCACAACGGAGAUUAUCAAGCGGAGAGAUGUAGGACCAUAUGGCAUUAGAUCAGAGUACUGUAUCAGGAAAAUCAUCUGUCCCAUCGGCGUUCCAGAAACCCCCAAAGAAACGCCCACACCCCAGAGGAAAGGUCUGCGGUCGAGCGCUCUAAGGCCUAAGAAGCCGGAGGCCCCGAAGCAGACGGGCCCGGUGGUGAUCGAGACAUGGGUGGCGGAGGAGGAGCUGGAUCUCUGGGAGAUCAGAGCCUUUUCAGAAAGGGUUGAAAAGGAGAAGGCGCAGGCUGCAGAGCAGGCAAAGGUUAGUGAGCAGAAGAAAGCAGUGGAGUGCAAGGCCCAAAUGGAGGCUCAGCUAAAGCAGCAGAGAUUGGCUGCCCAGCAGAAACGCCUGGAGCAGCAGAAACUGGCCACCAGCACCACCACAGCGUCCACUCCAUCCACUAGCCCUGCUGCCCCUGCCUCCACCCCGCAGAAGGUGAUGGUCGGCUCGUUGACAAGCCAGGUCACCCCUGGAACCAAAGUGGUACUGGCCACGAAGAUGGGCUCCCCUGCAGUGACAUUCCAGCAGAACAAGAACUUCCAGCAAACCUUUGCUUCUUGGGUCAAACAGGGUCAGAGCAGUCCAGCCUCCACCAGUUCUGUCGCCACGGUGGCCGCCAGCGCCACCACCACGGGGCAGACGUUCCAGAUCACCGGGAGCCCGGUGACAAUGGCCGGCAAAGUCAUCACUGCCAAGCUGCCGCUCCCAGCCAACAGCAAGAUUGUCACUGUCAACGUGCCAACCACUCAAGGAGGUGUAAUGCAGGUCCAACAGAAAGUUCUGGGUAUCAUUCCAUCCAGCACAGCAGGCAACCAGCAAACCUUCACUUCAUUCCAGCCACGGACCACCACCAUCAACAUCCGGCCCAACACCCCAGCCUCCGUCACGGGCUCGCCCCCUCCGCAGCAGGUGAUCACAGCGGGAGCUCAGAUCCGCUCAGGAAUGACGGUGAUCCGCACCCCCCUGCAGCAAACCGGCCCCCUGGGCAAGACCAUCCUGCGUACCCCACUGAUGGUGCAACAAGGUAUUCUCCCAGCCAGCCAGACGCAGCAGGUGGUGACGCAGAUCAUCCGGGGCCAGCCCGUGUCCACUGCCAUCUCCAGUGCCAGCUCCGUGCAGACGAGCGCCGGGCAGAGGGUGCUGAGUACUGCCGCGCCCUCUCCCCAUGCCGCCGCCGCGCCCCCCGGCCAGCCGCCCGCCCCGCAGACCCCCCAGACCCCGCAGGGGCCCCGGCCGCAGCAGGGCCAGGUCAAACUCACCCUGGCCCAGCUCACCCAGCUCACCCAGGGAGCGCAGAAGCAGCAUGGCGCAGCUAUGGAGAGACAGCAGGGAGGCAACCAGGGCCUGACAGUGGUGAUCCAGGGGCAGGGUCAGACCACGGGCCAGUUGCAGGUCAUCCCCCAGGGCGUGACGGUCAUCCCCGGCCCCGGCCAGCAGCUCAUGCAGGCCGCCAUGCCCAACGGCCAGCUCCAGCGCUUCCUCUUCACCCCCAUGCCUCCGCCCGUCUCGUCGGGGAACACCUCGGUCGCCGCGGUCACCGCGGUCCCUGCGGUCACGGCGGUCACGGCCACUACCACCACGCCUUCGGUACCAGCAGGGCCGGCCGAACCCAGGGCCUUGCAGCCGCAGCUCCCCAUGCCAGCUCAGCCUCAGGUCCAGUCUCCCGCCGCGUCUCAAGCGCAGGCCCCCGUGCAGCCGGCCCAGCAGGCGGCCGCCCCCGUGCAGGCGGGCGCCCCGGCCCCCGGCACCCCGCCCGUCACCCCGCAGGCCCAGCUGCCCCCGCAAACUCAGGCCCAGAUGCCCAUCCAGUCGCCCACGCCCAUGCAGGUGAAGGCCCUCCCGGCCGUGCAGGCGGUGAGCCAGGCCUCCGUCAAGCAGGCGCCGGCCCCGACGCGGCCGCAGCUGCAGCUGGGCCCGCCGCAGCUGAUCACCGUGCCGCAGCUGCAGCAGCAGGUGCAGGUGCUCUCCCAGCUGCAGUCGCACGUGGCGGCGCAGAUCCAGGCGCAGCAAGGGGGCGUGCCCCAGCAGAUCAAGCUGCAGCUGCCCAUCCAGAUCCAGCAGGGCGGCCAGGUGCAGGCGCACCAGAUCCAGAACGUGGUGACCAUCCAGACGGCCAGCGUGCAGGAGCAGCUGCAGAGGAUCCAGCAGCUGCGGGAGCAGCAGCAGCAGAAGAAGAGGCAGGCGCUGGAGGCCAAGCGCGAGCAGGCCCUGCAGACCUCCACCCAGAGCGACAUCAUCCAGAAACAGGUGGUGAUGAAGCAGAACGCCGUGAUCGAACACCUGAAGCAGAAGAAGACCCUGUCACCCGCCGAGCGCGAGGAGAACCAGAGAAUGAUCGUCUGCAACCAGGUGAUGAAGUUCAUCCUGGACAAGAUCGACAAGGGCGAGAAGCAGGCGGCCAAAAAGAGGAAGAGGGAGGAGUCGGUGGAGCAGAAGCGCAGCAAGCAGAACGCCACCAAGCUGUCCGCCCUGCUCUUCAAACACAAAGAGCAGCUGAAGGCAGAGAUCCUCAAAAAGAGGGCCCUGCUGGACAAGGAGCUGCAGCUGGAGGUCCAGGAGGAGCUGAAGAAGGACCUCAGCAAGCUGAGGAAGGAGAAGGAGAAGGCGCAGGCGGCGGCGUCCCAGGCAGCUGCAACCGCGGCCCAGGCGGUCGCCCUCACCUCUGCCGUCACCUCGCCCUCUUCCACCCACAAACGCAAACGCGAGGACGACAAGGACCACACCCCUACCAAGCCCAAGAAGAAGAAGAUGAUCUCCACUACCUCAAAGGAUGCCAAGAAGGACACCAAGCUGUACUGCAUCUGCAAAACGCCCUACGAUGAGUCAAAGUUCUACAUUGGCUGCGACCUUUGCACCAACUGGUACCAUGGCGAGUGUGUGGGCAUCACAGAGAAGGAGGCUAAGAAGAUGGACGACUACAUCUGCAAUGAGUGUAAACGGGCACAGGAGGGCAGCACUGAGGAGCUCUACUGCAUCUGCCGGACGCCCUAUGAUGAAGCGCAGUUCUACAUCGGCUGCGACCGCUGCCAGAACUGGUACCACGGCCGCUGCGUAGGUAUCCUGCAGAGCGAGGCCACCCACAUCGACGAGUACGUGUGCCCGCAGUGCCAGUCGACGGAGGACGCCAUGACCGUCCUGACGCCGCUCACGGACAAGGACUACGAGGGGUUAAGAAGAAUCCUGCGUUCCUUACAGGCUCACAAAAUGGCAUGGCCGUUCCUAGAACCAGUGGAUCCCAACGAUGCCCCAGAUUACUAUGGCGUUAUUAAGGAGCCGAUGGACCUAGCUACAAUGGAAGACAGGGCUCAGAAACGGUUUUACAACAAGCUAACCGAGUUUGUGGCAGACAUGACCAAAAUCUUCGACAACUGCCGCUACUACAACCCCAGCGACUCGCCCUUCUAUCAGUGUGCGGAGGUUCUCGAAUCAUUCUUUGUACAGAAGCUCAAAGCUUUCAAAGCAAGCAGGUCUCAUAACAACAAACUACAGUCUACAGCUUCUUAGAAUACACAACUCUUUGCUCUAAGUCAUAAACAGCAGGAAUCUGGUGUCUCUGAACAUUAAUCCAUGGCGGAACCAGGCUACCUCUUCAGCUUGGGUGCCGUCCCUACCCCCACCCCCACACCCCCCCGGCGAAAAAGGAAGUCUGUCCCUGUUAAACCAGCAUACUCUCCAGAGGGGCCUCUGGCCCCCAGGGGCCUGUGCCGGACGGGCCUGCUCUCCGCUCUGCUGCCCUGCGGUGUGAAGAUGGGGGGGAAUACCAGGAGAAAGAGGAGGGCCUGACUGUGGAUGGUCACAUCCCAACACAAACUGGUGUCACGGGGGAUUCUCACGUCAGUCAUUUACAACAGGAGAGGGGGGGGAGGGAUUUCAUUUGUUUCUUUUGUUUUUCUUCGUAAUAUAUUUUUUUUUUGGCAGUUAGAGGAAAUUAAGAAAAGCUCUGGAGUCUAGUUGGUCAUUAUACCUGGCAAAAGACGAGGCACAAGUACAUUCUGAGGGCUGUAUUUAUUCUGUAGCUAAUUUCAGAUUUUUGUAUCGCGUCCCAUUCGUCAACUAAUUUUAUUUGUUGCGGUGAUAUCUGAUUUCACCCAACGUGCUUUUUUUUUUUUUUUUUUUUUUUUUCCACCUCACCCGAUUCCUGUAGCUGAAAAGGUUUUGAAUAACAUUCACACCCAUGGGUCUCUUCUGUGUUUUGAAAGGAGCUGUUCUAAUGCAGAGUGAGUUUGGAGUCAGCAAGGGCCUUCCAAGUAGUGAACGUGUCGUGGCCCAGAGAGGCACUAAGAGACUGAUCAUAUAAAAAUAAAUCACCCAGCAGUACUGACCGACUGAAAAAAUUGGAAGAGCAAUGUGUAUUUGAAGCUAUCCUGUUUGUAAAACUUUUGUCAGAUUGAAUUUUGUUUUCCUUUUUUUUUUUUGUUUUUCUGUUUUUUGUAUUACAGCUGAAGAAAUAUUGAUGUAUAUGAAACAAAAUAAAAUGGAGAAGACAGAGUUCUCUUCCACACUGAUAGAGGUGUCUCCACACGUGCUUCAUUGAAGACAUUCACCCAGUGAAACCAUGAAACCUUUUCUAAAUCUUUCCCAAAGAAAAGAGGGACUUUUGGGAAGGAUUGAAAGAAAGAAUAAAGGGCAUAUUAAACCUAAAUGUGAUGUCAUUUCAGACUCAAAACGGGGAGCUCAAUGGGCCACAGCCUUUACUGGUAAUAGCGUAGUUGUUAAAGCUUACUGAAAAUCUUUAAUUGAAAUAACAAAGCAGGCUUUCAUCUUAACAGCAGUUGAAAAUGUUGCAGUCACACUGUUAAAAUAAUUUUUGAGUAGGGGGGAGGGUGGUCUUUAUACAGUGGGUUUGUAUGAAGAUUUUUUUAAAUAGAUUAUUUGCAACUUAUUUGCAGUCUUGUUUUUGGAGCUCUUCCUGACCUGGAGUUUUAUAAGUUAAGGUAAUGUUUCUUAUGGCAAUGUUAAAAUUGUCAUGGUGUCCUUUGAGGAAACAUCUCUUAAAGGGAAAAAUGGAACUUUAGUUUCAAGUUUAAGCACACUUUUCUGUAGAGGAAGUGUCGAAAGCAACGCAGCCCCUGAUAUUUGGUCCGAGUGUAUGUCACAGUCUUGUGUCACGGCACUAUGAUUUCACAUAGUAUAGAGCAGUACACGAGAAGUUGGGUUUGCAAAUGCAAACCUGAAAUAUAUGAUGUUGACAAGGAAUGAGGGGGAUUAUAAAUGCUUUUUUUUUUUUUGCUCUUGAACAUAACUGAAUAUAGUAGUCCUGCAAGUUUUAGCACUCAAGUUUUUCACUUUUUAAGUGAAAUUUGCAUUUAGGUGAAAUUGCCCUUUAUAUUAAAAAAUGCUGCAUAUUGUGUGCAUAUUGAUUUGCAAAGGGGGGAAUAUAUGGACUCUUUCAUGAGUUGUGAAAAGGAAACAAAACAAUUCUGCACAUCU